GAAACACGGAAAUUACUUCAUAUUUAUUAAAUUUAAAUUUUUUAAAAUUUGUGAAACCAUUUUUAUUAAGUAGCGUGAGAAAUUAUUUUAUUUAAUUAUUCUUUAUAAAUAUCCAUUAAGAUCUUGCGAACCUUUUUUUUUUAAAAAAAAAAAUAAUGGCUGAUAGUAAAUUAAGUGGUACUACUACAAUCAUUGUGCUUGGUGCUUCUGGUGAUCUUGCGAAAAAGAAAACUUAUCCGGCAUUAUUUGGUCUCUAUCGCAAUGGAUUCCUUCCGGAAGGGACCAGUAUUAUCGGUUAUUCCAGAACGAAAUUGAACUCUACGGAAUUUCAUGCACGUAUUACUGGACACAUGAAAAUUCUCAAUGACGAAAUUAAAAACCAGCUCUCUGAAUUCUUAAAACUUUGUACUUAUGUUUCUGGUCAAUACGACAAAGAUGAAGAUUAUCAAAAAUUGGAUAAAGCUGUUGAAAAAGCUGAAAGCCUUAAUAUACAUGAAGAAAGAAAUCGAGUUUUCUAUAUGGCUCUGCCUCCUAGCGUUUUUGUUCCUGUAGCGAAAGGACUUAAGAAAAAUGUUUACUCUAAAAAAGGUAUUAAUCGCUUGAUUGUCGAAAAACCUUUUGGAAUGGAUUUGGAAAGUUCUCGUGAAUUGGGUAGGGCUUUGGCUCCCUUAUGGAAAGAGGAGGAGACAUAUCGUAUUGACCAUUAUCUUGGUAAAGAAAUGGUUAAAAAUCUCUUGAUCAUUCGCUUCGCAAAUGUUUUCUUUGGGGCUAUCUGGAAUCGUCAAAGCAUUGCUAACGUCCAGAUUACUUUCAAAGAAAAGAUCGGAACCGAAGGUCGAGGCGGUUACUUCGAUGAAUUCGGUAUUAUCCGUGAUGUAAUGCAAAACCAUCUCUUACAAAUAUUGAGUAUUUUUGCUAUGGAACGACCUCUAUCAUUAAGCGCUGAAGAUGUCCGUGACGAAAAGGUUCGCGUGUUACGUUGUAUCCCUCCUGUAAAACUUGAAGAUUCUAUUCUUGGUCAGUAUACAAGAUCGGAAGAUGAUGAUAGCAAAAUCGGAUAUCUGGAGGAUAAAACUGUUCCUUCUGGCAGCACAUGUCCUACUUUUGCGGCAUGUACAUUAUGGGUCAAUAAUGAACGUUGGGAAGGUGUUCCUUUCAUCUUAAAAUGUGGAAAAGCAUUAAAUGAACAAAAAACCGAAAUCCGUGUCCAAUUCCAAGAUGUACCGGGGAACGUUUUCAAGGAUGCACCCCGCAACGAGUUAGUUAUUCGCGUACAACCCAAUGAGGCUGUAUAUAUGAAAAUGACAAAUAAAUUACCAGGUCUUUCCAUGGAUACAGUGAUAUCUGAAUUGGAUCUCAGCUACAAUCGAAGAUUUUCAGAUUUGAAGAUUCCCGAUGCGUAUGAAGCAUUGAUACUUGAUGUGUUGAAAGGUGAUCAUUCCAAUUUUGUGAGAGACGAUGAAUUAGAUGCCGCCUGGAAGAUUUUUACACCACUUUUACAUAAAAUUGAUAAUGAAAAAAUUGCUCCUCAACCUUACGCAUACGGUACACGUGGUCCACCUGGUAUUGAAGAGUUUGUAUCUAAAUAUGGAUUCAAGAGGCCGACACAAGAAUAUAAUUGGCCGGAACAUAAGAUUAACAAGCUUUAAAUGAUCCAUCUUCAUCAGCCAAUUGUUAUAUUGUAUUUUAUUGUUAAUUUCUUUUUUGUCCUUUUUUUAACGACAUGGGUUUCUCUGUAUAUAAGUUUUGUAGCAAGGGAAAAUUGUUAAUAUAAUGUAGUCUAUGAAUUUUGAUUGCUUGUAUUUGCGCUUGUUCUUUUCUUGAAUUAUUAUAUGUAAAUUUUCAUGAUAAUCAUUAAAUUCGUCUUUUAAUUAAACUUCAUAA